CUAGAUAUGGAUAAAUGAAGUCCACAUACUUUUUUUAUCUAGUGAAGUGUUUGUAUAAUAUAGUUCUUGAAGACAAACAACACAUAAUUUUACAAUCUAUCCCACAAAAUUCUUUCUUGUGAAGAUGAAGGUAGCAGAGCUUGUUUUCAUCCCUGCACCUGGCGUCGGCCACCUUGUUCCCGCGGUGGAGCUUGCAAACCUAAUGAUCCACCGCGACGAACAACUCUCUUUCACUAUCUUGGUCAUCAAGUUACCCUCAUUUGACGCCAAGAUUACCAGUUACAUUACGUCUAUAGCCGCCUCAUUAACAACUGACCGUAUCAGAAUCAUAAAUCUUCCGACCAACACUGAACAAACUCAUAAUCCCACCAACUUCCUCGCCUCCUUCAUUGAAAGCCAGAACCCCCACGUCAGAGAAGCUGUUUCUGAACUUGUUGCAACUCGGUCUGGGCUAAGCUCUUGGAAACUCGCUGGGUUUAUAGUUGGCAUGUUCUGUACACCAAUGAUUGAUGUAGCCAAUGAAUUUGGAGUUGAUUCUUAUGUUUUCUUUCCUUCAAGUGCAGCUUCUCUUGGUUUCGUGCUUCACAUGCAAGCUCUCAACGAUGACCAGAAUGUCGACACAACUGAGUUUAAAGACUCAGAUACUGAGUUGCUCAUCCCGAGUUUCCAAAACCCAGUUCCGGCCAAGGUCUUUCCUUCUGUUGUUUUUAACAAAAACUGGCAUUCUCUUUACUACGGUAAUGCAGGAAGGUAUAAAGAAACUAAGGGUAUUUUGGUAAAUACAUUUAUGGAGCUCGAAUCUCAUGCUAUAAGUUCCAUGUCCUUUCCGGUGUACCCUGUGGGUCCUCUCUUGAAUCUCAAAGGCGACAACGACGGUCGUGAUGAUUCGAGUUCAUCAAGUGGCGCCCACAAGAAAGAUGAGAUCAUGGCAUGGCUUGAUGAUCAACCUCCAUUAUCUGUAGUGUUCCUCUGCUUCGGAAGCAUGGGAAGCUUGAGUGAGGCUCAAGUGAAAGAGAUUGCCUGUGCCGUAGAUCACAGUGGGCUUAGAUUCCUGUGGUCCAUACGCCAACCUCCUCCAAAGGGUAAGAUGGGAUUACCAACUGAUUAUACAAAUCCAGCGGCUGUCCUUCCUGAAGGAUUCUUAGAUCGAACGGCUGAGAUUGGAAGAGUUAUAGGCUGGGCUCCACAAGUGGCAAUCCUAAGCCAUCGAUCAAUCGGUGGAUUUGUAUCACACUGUGGGUGGAAUUCCAUACAAGAGAGCUUAUGGUAUGGUGUUCCGAUUGCCACGUGGCCAUUAUAUUCGGAGCAGCAAUUGAAUGCUUUUGAGUUGAUUGUUGAAUUAGGAUUAGCGGCUGAGAUUAAAAUGGAUUAUAGAAAGGAUGUUUUUGGAACUGCAGAUCAGGAGGUGAUCGUUAGUCGUGAUGAUAUCGAGAGAGGUAUCAGGUGUGUUAUGGAGCAGGAUAGUGAUGUGAGAAAAAGGGUUAAGAUUAUUAGCCAAAAGUGUAAGGUUGCCUUAAUGGACGGUGGAUCUUCUUUCUCUUCCAUAGGUCGUUUGAUAGCAAACAUAAUAGAGAAUAUAUGACAUUUCUUAGUAGUAGUUUCAUGUUGAAGAGUGUUUAUUUCACGUAAGUACUGUGCCAUAUUAUUUUUAUAAUAAAAAUUGAGUUGCGAAAA